AUGAUACUCCAAUAUAAAAUUAUUUAUCUUUUAUUAAUAUUAACCAGUGAAUUGCUGGUUGAAGCAGCUGGUGAAAUGCAGAAAUGCAACUUUAGAGGAUUUGUUGGAAAGGCGACUAAAGACUGUAUACUUGCACGUAAAGAAAAAGCCAGUAGACGGCAUAACUUCUUAUUGUUUAAUUCAGAAGAGACUAAUAUCACAUUCACUAUAUACUGUCCAAUAUGUACAGAUGAUAGUAUGGAAUUAUUUAAAUGGAAGUAUAUUCCAGCUUCAAAGAAACAAAUUAUAUUUGUUAUAUCUAAUCAAAGCAUUUAUGAAAGUUAUAUAUCAAUUAAAAAUGAAUUAUUAGAGUCAGUUGAAAAUAUCUCAUUAUAUAAUCCAUGUUAUACUCAACAAGAAAAUCAUUUAGUUGCAAAAAAUGUUGCCGCUGAUAAAUUUAUGGGGACAUAUGUAUGCACAUAUGUGAAUGAUACUAAUCAUCCGGCUAAUUUCAUAUGGUAUCAUCUCUAUCGAACAGGUGUAUUCAAAAGAAAAUCUAGAGCUAUUGACAUACCACGUAUCAGUGGAUUCGAUAAUCAAAUAGACAGUGUUGAACAAAUAGAUAUAAUACAAAAUCAAGCACGUAUUGCACUAAAUAACAUCUCAGAAUUAAAUGAUCGUCAAUACGACUACAUGACUAUUACAUUCAAACCCGACUAUGAUCACAAUGUUAUAAGAUAUUGUGGGAAAAUUAAAAUUAAUCAGUAUAGACGGUGUUAUUUGAAAGUACCACGGCAUGAAUCAAUCAUGGAAAUAGACGAGGGGAACAAUGAAGUCAGAGAGACAGGUAAAAUUCUAAGGUCAUCAUUGGGUUUAAUAACACGAUUAGAAGAUCAGGGGUCUAACAGUGCACAUCAACUGGCUGUCAAUAAAGCUAGACGUUUAGGAUUUGAUGUAUACAAUGAUAGUAAAUACAUCUACAUCCCAUGUGAAUACGAAUUAUUACAGCAUAUGUCAAUACCAAUACCUGAUUUUCCACCAGCAGGUGUGCAUGCAGAGGUCAAUUAUGAAAUAUUAUGUAAACAAAUUCAUCCAAUGAAGUUUAUCACACUUCUAGAUCAAAAACAUCUCAUCAAUCAGCCAAUUCAAAUAAAAACUAUCAGAGAUUAUCAUUACUUGAAGAUACAAAACAUCUUAAUCGAGAAUCAGAAGAAUGUGGUAUUGAAAUGCAACGUGAAUAAAAUAAGACAGUUGAAUUGCACUAAGAAACAUAUGGAUGCCAUAUGGAAAUCAUCCAGAGACAUUACAUACACACUGAAGACAGAAAAGAAUGAACUAGUUUAUAUCACAGAGGACUGUGAUUUGAAAUUCAAAGUUAUUAGAAGGAGUGACUCUGGUACUUAUUACUGUCAUACGAGAAAUUCAAGUUCUUAUAUUACCAGCAGAAAUAAUAAAAGUUAUGUCAGCUUAUGGACUGGUAAACCAGUGAUUGCUUAUCGUUUACAUAUUCAAAGAGGAAUAUAUGAAUGGCCACUUAAGAAUACUGUGAAAACUGAUAUGAUGAUUCUAUUUUUAUGGUCAUUGAUACUAACAGUAAUUUGGGUGAUUUACGCCUUUUAUAAAUUGCAUGCACAAAAUUUAGCUUUAGAUCUGGCCUUGCGUCGAAGGCGUCAACAAGCCAAUCUCUUAACUUAUUCAGUGUCUUUACGACCAUCAUUGCAGUAA